AUGCAGAGCCAUCAAAGCCACGCACAAUGCUUCGAGACUUCCUUGAGUCAUAAGAAACAACAGUUCACAGCUUCCAAAAUUGCUACAACCUCUGAAACUGCCCUCCCAAAGCGACUCAGUAUAUAUCUAUCAUCAAUCUCUGAACCUGUUGGUUUUAGAGUUCAGCGUUGGAGGACGUUCGGGGGAGGCCUACUAUCAGCAGACCUCCGCACAGGGCCUGUGAUUGUUCGAUGUUGGUCCGAAAAUGGCCAAGACAUAUACAAGCUACUUCCUUCCCGAGAAGCCUUUUGCUUUUCCUUUCAAAUUCGACUAGUUCAAAUAGUCCCUAGCAAAGUAUUAAUCUCGAUCUCUGCGCUGUAUAAAGCGUCGUUUCCCUUUCGGACCAGGUUCCAAUGGGAUCUGUCGAUCUCUGCAAUGCUACACACCGACAGUUGUGCCUAUCUGGCUUCUAAACGAGGAGAUUGGCUCCUUCUGAGACAGCUUCUUGCUGAUGGUAAAGUCCGGAUAUCAGACACCACUGCGCACGGGGACACAUUGUUGCAUAUAGCUGCUCAAUCAAAUCAUUACGAGUUGGCAACGGAGCUUCUAAGUGCUGGCGCGGAUGUAAACGUUGCAAACGACUUCGGCCAAACCCCGCUUCAUAAAGCUGUGAAAAAUAACGGCGGCUACGAAGUCUCUCGACACCUCCUGAGUAGCGGAGCCGAUUUGAGCCGUCAAGACUUAGCCGGCCGAACGCCCCUUCACUGUUUCUUCAACGAGACCUCGCGACAAAUCAUCCAGUUUCAUCAAGAAGACCUCGACAGCACGACUCAGGAUUAUCGCGGCAUGAACAUUAUGCAUUACGUUUCCUGGAGCAAAAGUUCUCGGCCCACGGAUAUACUCCGUUGUCUCACAGACCAGCCUCCCUCUCUUGCCAGCACGGACCAGGAAGGGCGAACAAUCCUGCACCUUUCCCUUCAAAGAGGCAAUCUAGAGCUGAUAGAAUUCCUCCUCGACCAACCGGACACCGCCACCUUCCGGCCAGACUGGCGCGGGCGCACCCUCCUGCAUUACGCGACCGAAAGCCGGCGCACGCAGACAAUCGACAUCUUGCUCAGACGGGGCUUCAAUCUCCACGCGGUGGAUCUUGAUGGCCGGACUGUGCUGCACCAUGCCGCCGCAAAGGACAAACUCGACGCUGUCAAGCGGCUACUUGAACUGGGCGCUGCAAGCGACUUGGUGGCUUUGGACAAAGGUUCAAGAACGCCUUUACAGGUCGCAGCGCUGUGCGACGCUCAGGCCGUUGUGCAGUAUCUACAGCCACUGUGCGUAUCUCAGAAGCUAGAGCAUGCGGCGGAGUUGAGACGUCGCGCGCGCGACGGGCGAAGGAGUUCGUGGCACCGCGCGAUUCUGGCUGAGUUUUGCAAGUAUGGUUGCUUUUGUGGGGUUUUGGUUCUCGUUGUUUACUGGGUCUUCUAUCGUGCGCACACCUUUUGA